UGGAUAGCAGUUUGCAGUUGGCCAUUAAUUGAUGUUUAAUCUUUUGAACACAUGAUUGUAAAUUGUCUAGGGUAGAUAUCAUAUCACUUGAAAGUGCUGAUGCUUCUGUCGGGUUGCAUUUGAAUACUAUUUGUAGUUUGUAACUCGUUAGAAAUGGAUCUCACGCUUCCGGAUUCUGGAUGGACAACGUGCUUGUUCACAUUGGCCGUGACAACCACCUUGGGAGUUUCGAUACCAGUAGGUAUCAAUAUAGGGGUAAUCAAUGCUCCUUCGGUAUAUAUAAAAUCUUGGAUCAAUGACACUGUAUUUGAUCGUUAUGAAGUCUCGCUGUCUCCUGGCGGAUUGGACAUGUUUCUGUCAGUAGUGGUUUCUAUUUUUCUUAUUGGUGGAGUGAUUGGAUCAUUGAGUGGUGCAGUGAUAGCUGAUAAAUUUGGAAGGAAAACCUCCUACCUUCUAUGUGGAAUUCUUCACACUAUGGGUGGCUUCUGUUUCGUAUUCUGUCGGCAGCUGAAUUCUGUUGAACUGCUUCUGCUUGGGAGAAUACUCGUUGGUCUAGCAGCCGGCUUGACGACUAGUAUCCUACCAAUGUAUCUAGCGGAAGUUUCUCCAACAAAACUGCGAGGAACUAUAAGUACACUGUGUGGGUUGGGAUUAACGAUUGGAGUGGUCGUUGGACAAAUUGUUAGUCUUGAUCAAGUGCUAGGAACGAAUGGUAGCUGGCACUAUGCCAUAAGUAGCUUUACACUCCUGAACAUGUUUUGCUACGUGCCUUAUGCUUUGCUUCCGGAGAGCCCCAAAUACUUGUUUACCAUCAGGGAUGAUCCAAAGGGGACCCUUCAAGCAAUCCGUAGUUUAUUUGGGGAAAACUCAGUCAGUGAUGAUUAUGUCAUCCUUCAAAGAGAGAACACUGCAACGGCAAGCAUAUCGAGUGAUUCUGAACAGAAUUUUAAAAUAGCAGAUAGCGAACCAGCAACACGAUCUAUGUGGUCAGUCAUCGCAGACCCUAUGCUAAGAUUACCGCUCAUAUUAGUCUGCGCUCUUCAAGGUGGUCAACAGCUAUCAGGCAUCAACGCAGUUUUCUAUUACUCGGUGUCGAUUUUUGAAUCAGUUGGAUUGAGCUCGACGAGUGCAAAGUUCGCAAACUUAGGAGUAGGAUGCUUAAACCUGUUGGUCGGUUCCUUGAGCCCCUACUUGAUGGCACAGUACAAUCGCCGAACACUUUGCCUGAUUUCUUGCUCGUUUUGUGGAUUGUUUAUGUUUUGCGUAGCCAUGAUGAUCCAUUUAAUGGACGCUGUUCCAUGGUUUAACUACGCUAGCAUUGCUGCUAUUCUGUUAUACAUCACAUUUUUCCAACUGGGAUUAGGACCGAUUCCGUUUUUUAUUGGAUCAGAGCUGGUCGAACUCAGCGCCCGUCCAGCUGCCAUGGCUCUAGGAAGUCUGUCGUCGUGGGGAUGCAACUUUUUGAUUGGAAUGCUCUUCCCGUUGCUUUCAAGUGCCUGGGGUGCCUUCGCCUUCCUGCCUUGUGCAAUCACCUGUGUGCUGCUAACUGUUUUGGUACAGCUUUAUUUGCCAGAAACACGUGGACGUGACGUAUCCGAUGUGGCGGUACUAGUUUCGAAGGGAUUCAAGUCCAAAGUAAUGUAGAGAUAACGCUCGUAGCGAUUGAAAUAAACGUGAAUCUCGUUCGAAGA